GGCCGGGUAAAAACCGGCCGAAAAGUGUGGCUGAGAAAGCAGGCUCCUGAAGAGGCAGUGAACCGUCUUCUCUAGGCUGUAACCACCGUCUCCGCCGCCGCCGGAAGCCAUCCCUUCUCUCUCGUUAUCUCGUCUCUACUUUUUAACGGCUGACCACCACAGCACACACUAGUCAACCACUACAACGUACUAUUGGCAACCAGUACAGCAUCGUAUCGCUGCCAAUUCCAGGCCAAACCAGUACGAGAUAAUUUGAUUGUUUUCUUGGUGGAAUGCCGUCAAACAAAUGAUGAAGAUGCUAAGUGGUGGCUGAGAAGAAACAGAGAAUUUGUUUGAUUAGGUCCACUUCCUUAUGGAGACAACUAUUGAGGAUAAAUUUGUACCAGAUGAAAGUUUAGUGGGACUAGAAUCGGGUUUACUUGAUGUUGCUAGAAAUCUAGAACCAUAUGAGGGUAUGUUAUUUGAAUCAGAUGAAGCUGCCAAAACAUUCUAUGAUGCGUAUGCCAGGGGGAUUGGAUUUUUUACACGAAUCGUAUCAUCACGUAAGUCUGAGUGUGAUGGAUCAAUUAUUUCUCGGCGACUGGCAUGUAAUAAGGAAGGAUAUAACCUCAGCAGCCAAAAGACUGGGCGUGUCCGAAUUCGCAAGCGAGAGAGCAAGAGAGAAGGCUGCAUGGCAAUGAUUCUUGUGAAGAGGGAGAAGCCUGGGAAAUGGGUUGUGACAAAAUUUGUUAAGGAACAUAAUCAUCCACUAGUAGUUUCCUCAGGAAAAGACCGUCCAAGUCCAGAUGACAAAGACCGGAGAAUUAGAGAGCUGUCGUCCAAGCUGUACCAGACAAAUCAGCGGUUGGCAGCUUGUCGAGAACAGCUUCGAACCAUUAUGGAACAUAUCGAGGAACAUGCGCAGUAUCUAUCAAGAACCGUCGAGGGCAUAGUGAGCAGCGUGAAAGAAGUGGAAUCCGAAGAUCAAGAACUUUCACACCCUUCCUAGGAACAGCAAUGGCUCCAGACAUCCUGUGCAUGAACUCCAUCUCUCCUAGGGAUCACCCAGAUUCUUUCCAUAGGAAGAACAUCCCGGCAGCCGCUCCGAUUCCCGGCAUCAUCGCCGCCCCGUCUGGUUGGCUGAUGGAAGAGCUCGGAAUGCUUAUAGAGAUUGAACACAAUGAAGAGCUAGGAAUGCUUAUUAUGUAGCUAAUUUAGUACAGCCUGGUCCUCCAUCUGGUCAUUUGUACUGGUAUUGUUUCUGUCGUGUGAAUGGGAUGGAAGAUGAGAAUGGCAGCCACAAGCCUUCUAUGACUACCCCUCUGUGUAUGACCAUCUCUUUUGUAAUCGUUUUUGGUGGGUAUAGAGAUAAUCGAGAGUUAAAAUUUA